AACAGUACACACAGUACUCAGCUCUACUCAAGCCAAGCUUCACAUUGCUUCUUUUCUUCAUCACCUCUCUCUCUUUCAAUCGCAUUGGUUGUUCAUCUUUUCUGUCUAAGAUGGUUUCGACGUUUGGUUGAUCGACUCGAAAGGUGGAAUUGGAAAUUAUACAGAUUAAGUGAUUGGGACGUUGGAAAUUUUGUGAGGAGAAAGAUGGCGUGGGAGGGAGCUGAAAAUGACAUGGUGGUAACUCAAGUUAGUGUUGGUGGGUUUGAUGAAUAUGUCACUGCAAAAAUGAUUUUGGAUUACUUUCAAGAUAAAAUUGGACUUGUUUGGAGGUGUAGAUUGAAGACUUCUUCAACCCCUCCAGAUUCAUACCCAAAUUUUGAGAUCGAUGUCGCAAAUGUUCAAAGAACAAAUGAAUAUGAAAAGGUGGAACCUCAUGCCUUUGUGCAUUUUGCAACUCCCGAUUAUGCGAAGUCAGCUCUAGAUGCUGCAGGGCGUUGUGAGCUUAUAUUGUUCAAGAAUCCACUUAAAGUUAGUUUGGGGCCUCAAAAUCCACGUCGCAUGAGUAAGUGGAGAAUAGAUAAUGUUCCUUUUAGAUUUUCUGAUGUCAAGGUUGAGAUCGGACUCUUGGUUAGCCGAGACGAGUUCUUUGUUGGCUGGAGAGGGCCUGGUAAUGGGGUUGAUUUUCUUGUGGAUCCCUUUGAUGGGACAUGCAAAUUCGUGUUCACCAAGGAUACUGCUUUCUCCCUCAAAGGCACAAACAAGCAUGUGGUAAUGAAGUGUGAUUUCAAGGUUGAGUUCUUGGUAAGAGACAUCAACGAGAUCAAACAAAUUGAUGAUAUGUCAUCUUUAAUAAUUUUAUUGCAGCUGGCUUCAUCUCCGCUUCUUUACUAUAGAACUGCAGAUGAUGAUAUAGAGAAUUCAGUUCCAUUUGAUUUGUUAGAUGAUGAUGAUCCGUGGAUCCGAACCACAGAUUUUACACCUAGCGGGGUCAUUGGUAGGUGUAAUACCUAUAAGAUGUCAAUUUCACCUCGCCACGGUUUGAAGCUGAAUAAGGCCCUGAAAUAUCUCAAGGAACGGAGGGUACAAACUGAAAGGUCUAGGCAGCAGCUUAGGAUACAGGAUGAACCUGAUUUUGGGAUGCCCAUGGCAGAUCCUUUCUUUUGUAUUCAAUACAAGGAUGGUGUGUCAUUUAAAAUCAUGUUUUUGGUUAAUGCUGUCGUGCACAAAGGUAUCAUUAACCAACACCAGUUGUCGGACAGGUUUUUCAAUCUGCUGAGAAACCAACUGGAGGAGGUAAAUGUAGCUGCAUUAAAGCACAUAUGCGCUUACAGGCACCCCCUGUUUGAUGCCUAUAGGAGGCUGAAAGUUGUCCAGGAAUGGUUGAUGAAAUAUCCUAAGUUUCUCCAGACACCUAAAGAGUUGGAUGAUAUUGUUCAAGUUAGGAGGCUGGUUAUUACGCCAACCAAAGCCUACUGUCUUCCACCAGAGGUUGAACUUUCCAAUAGGGUUAUCAGGAAUUAUAGAGAAGUUGCUGAUCGGUUUUUAAGGGUUACCUUCAUGGAUGAAGGCAUGCAGACACUUAAUAAGAAUGUUCUUUCCUAUUAUACUGCUCCUAUUGUUAGGGACAUUACAGCAAACUCUUCUCCGCAGAAAACCUCAAUGUUCAGAAGGGUGAAGAGUAUUCUGAGCGAGGGGUUCCACUUAUGUGGUCGGCGAUACUCGUUUUUGGCCUUCUCAGCUAAUCAAUUGAGGGACCGUUCUGCCUGGUUUUUUGCUGAAGACCGGAGAAUUAGUGUGGAUGACAUAAAAAAUUGGAUGGGAAAGUUUACAAACAGGAAUGUUGCGAAGUGUGCUGCUAGGAUGGGACAGUGUUUCUCAUCCACUUAUGCCACAGUUGAAGUUCCAUUCAGUGAUGUUGACUCAAAGCUUCCCGACAUAGAGAGAAAUAAUUAUGUUUUCUCUGAUGGGAUUGGUAUGAUAACACCUGAUCUUGCAAUGGAAGUUGCAGAGAGAUUGCAGUUGACAGUGAACCCUCCGUGUGCUUAUCAGAUUAGAUAUGCUGGUUUCAAAGGGGUUGUUGCCUGUUGGCCAUCAAAAAAUGAUGGUAUCCGGCUUGCCUUGAGGAAAAGUAUGAACAAGUUUGAAUCCAAUCACAAAAUUCUUGAAAUCUGUUCUUGGACUCGGUUCCAGCCUGGAUUCUUAAACAGGCAGAUAGUGACGUUACUUUCUACUUUGAAUGUUCAAGAUGAAAUAUUUUGGAGAAUGCAGGAGUGUAUGAUUUCUAAACUAAAUCAGAUGCUUGUAGACACGGAUGUGGCUUUUGAGGUUCUUUCUGCUUCAUGUGCCGAGCAAGGAAAUACUGCAGCAAUAAUGUUAAGUGCAGGUUUCAAACCUCCAAAUGAACCUCAUCUGCGGGGCAUGUUAACUAGUAUAAGAGCUGCCCAGCUUGGGGACCUCAGGGAAAAGUGUAGGAUCUUUGUUCCGUCAGGAAGGUGGUUGAUGGGCUGUUUAGACGAGUUAGGGAUACUUGAACAAGGCCAGUGUUUUAUUCAAGUAUCAAAUCCUUCGUUGGAAAAUUGUUUUGCAAAGCAUGGCUCUAGGUUUUCUGAAACACAGGCAAAUCUACAAGUGAUUAAAGGUACUGUAAUAAUUGCAAAGAACCCAUGUCUUCACCCUGGUGAUUUGCGGAUCCUGGAGGCAGUCAAUGUUCCUGAGUUGAACCAUCUUUUUGAUUGUCUGGUUUUCCCUCAAAAUGGAGAUAGACCACAUGCAAAUGAAGCAUCAGGAAGUGACCUUGAUGGUGAUCUCUACUUCGUGACGUGGGAUGAAAAUCUUAUUCCUCCGAGUAAGACGAGCUGGAUGCCAAUGGAAUAUGCGCCUGCAGAAGUUAAAGAAUUGCCACGUGCAGUGAAUCACAGGGACAUAAUAGAUUUUUUCUCUAGGAACAUAGUAAAUGAGAACCUGGGUGCAAUCUGCAAUGCCCAUGUGGUUCAUGCUGACCUCAGUGAAUAUGGAGCAUUGGAUGAAAAGUGCAUAAAAUUGGCAGAGCUUGCUGCCACAGCCGUUGAUUUUCCAAAAACUGGAAAGCUCGUGACCAUGCCUUCUGAACUUAAACCAAAAUUGUACCCUGACUUUAUGGGGAAAGAGGAGUUUCAGUCCUACAAGUCAAAGAAAAUUUUGGGUAAACUCUAUCGCCAAAUCAAAGAUGCGUGUGACAAAGAUGAGGUUGCAUCUUCGGAGCUGACAUUUUUUCCUGAAGAUAUUCCUUAUGACACAGACCUUGAGGUUCCAGGAUCCACUGAUUUCAUCGAUGAUGCAUGGACCCACAAGUGCUCUUAUGAUGGGCAGUUAAAUGGUCUUUUGGGACAGUAUAAAGUGAACAGGGAGGAAGAGGUUGUGACUGGGCACAUUUGGUCCAUGCCGAAGUACAGUAGCAAGAAGCAAGGGGAACUGAAAGAGAGACUGAAGCAUGCUUACAGUGCCCUGCGGAAAGAGUUCAGGAAAUUUUUUGAGCGGAUGGAUCCUGAUAUUGAUCAGCCUUCUGACGAAGAGAAGAAUGCCAUUUAUGAAAGAAAGGCAUCUGCAUGGUAUCAGGUCACUUAUCAUCCUAGUUGGCUGAAGAAGUCACUGGAGUUGCAAGAGCCAGAUGGCGCUGGGGAGACAGUGAGGUUGAGUUUUGCUUGGAUCACAGCCGAUUACCUUGCUCGUAUCAAAAUUAGGCGCAGGGAAAUCGGCAGUAUUGACCACAUUAAGCCAAUCGAUUCCCUUGUGAGGAUGGUGGAACAAUUUCUCAUUAGAGCUAAGUGUAUUUUAUUUUAUUAUUAUUAUUUUUUAAUGAAAACAGUUUGGUGUUCUCAAAAGGUUAAUGUUUUGGAUAUAAGGUUGGGAUUGUUGUACUAUAGCUAACAAGUGCCUUGUCUUACUGCUAAUUUGGGUCCAUUGGUCCAUUGUCUUUAAAAAAAUAAAAUAAAAAAAGUAAUAAAAUGAAAAUUGUACUAAAUAUUUUAAACUUGCUUUAACCUUGGAAUUUUGUUUGGAAGAGGUGAUGGCUUGACGCAACCAUAUAUUUUGCUCUAAAUCUUCGUUUUCUUCUGCCUUUUUGAUGGAGAGGAGCAGAGGGUUGGCACUAUUGUGUUCUCGUUAAGUAUAAGAGACACCAUAAGUAUUCAGGAAAAAAUUAAAAAUUCAGUUAAAAAAAAAAAAAGAGACACCAUAAGUAUUCAGGAAAAAAUUAAAAAUUCAGUUAAAAAAAAAAGAGAGACACCAUAAGUAAGGAAAAACAUAUAUUUUAGAGUUGCGGGAAGUUUCUGGAGGAUACAGAUAGGUCCCCUUUGUUAGUAGUAUCCACAUUUCUGUUUCUUAUAGAGUGCCAUGCGUUGGAAGACGUAUGUCCAUUUCCAUACAGUUUAUUUCUGAUUUAUUUGGUGCCAGUGUAAUGAACAUAGUUCUAGGGUCCUUUCUGAGUUUUUUUAGUCUGAAAUUGUCUGCUAUGCUUUAUAAUUUGUAGCUGUCUGGUCGUUUUUUUUUUUUUCAGUUUCAUUUUCUUUGCUGUAGACUUAUAUAAUGUGUUGGCUCAUAAUGAAGUCAUUAUCAGUUACAAAAAAGAAACAUGAAGAGAAAAAAGAGGAGCAAUACACAGCUGAAAAAGUUAGGAAUAUAGAAGAUUUAGUAAAUUGAUUGAAAAUAUACUUUUUUUUCUUUUGUUUAUCAAAAUUUAUGUGGGUAUCUAAUUGACAGAACAAAGUUAAUCAAUUAAAAAGAUGGGGCAUCUUACUCAUUCUAUGAGCAAUUUUAUAUAUUUUGCACUAUACCAUGCUUAGUUUACAUUAAUUAGAGACUAUAGUGGAAGUUGUAACUGCAAAGGUCUUCUAUCAACUAUAUGAUGAAAAGCAGUAGGGUCAGUAAAAAAAUGUGGUUUAGGCUUCUAUAUUCAGAAAACAGCCUGCGGAAUUUUCUUUUAUUCAUUUAUUUAUUUUUUGUGGAUUGUGGGAUUUAGGUCACGACGCU